UGCAGUCGUUUCUGAUUAAAUUUGCGCGCGUUAUAUUUUUAAGAAAUAAAAAUAAUUAUACAGAAAUUUUUUAAUAAAACUAUAGUAAUAAAUUUUUAUUUAAGAGAGAGAGAAAAAGAGAGAGAGAGAGAGAAUUUACAUGGAAAAAAGAAGACGUCUUGUGAUUUAAUUUCACAUAAAUGACCAUUCUGUAAACGUUUUAUUGCAACCAUCAAGAUAAAUGGUUUUAUAUUCGAGGGUAAAUAUUAACGAUCGCAAUAUUAAAAUGGAAUUUAGACCUAAGACUUUUGAUUUGGAAACUGCAUUUGCAAUAUCUAAGAGAAGACAAUUGAAGAAAUUUCGUGGUCCAGAUUCGCCUCUUUACUCUGCCAUUUGUCCCGCAGUUUAUAUAGCAAGAAUUUUUGGAGAUGCGCCGUACAAAUUUUGGAAGGAUCGUUUGGUCCCUUCCAAUGUUUAUUUGAUAUUUUCCUUCAUUUUUUUAGCCAUUUAUUCUUACAACGUGUAUACAAUAUUUCUUCAGUUUUUAACAUUUACAAGACAUAUACCAAUCCUUGGAGGUACGGAUUAUGUUAAGCUGGUAUUUAAUUACAUGACAACGGUAUGCAGCCUUCUAAUGACGAUAUGGACAAGAAAUAAAUUCGUUCAAAUUUGGAAUAACAUACAAGAUUACGAUGAUGCCAUUAGAUUAUUAGGAUAUCCUCAAAAGGAAAUAAAAACGAGAAUAGUCUGCUGGAUUUUAAUAUUUUUGAAUAUCGCACUUUGGACUUUAGUCAAUCAAACUGGAAUGUACGCUUUUACAGAAUCUUGGAUUUCCAAUAUAACUUACAUGGCCCCUUAUUUCGGCAGUUGUUUAGCUGUCUACAAAUUUAUUGGAAUUACUUUAAUAUUGGGCCAAAGAUUUCAUCAUCUUAAUCAGUUAACAAAAAAAUAUAUAUUUUCAAAACGAAAUAAUUCUCGACCUAUGAAAAUCGAUAUCAAAACUAUUCAAACUUGGCACAAUGAACUUAUGACUGCAGGAGAAAAUUUAAGUGCUUUAUAUAUGUGGCUCAUUCUUUUAUGGCUAGCAAAUUUGAGUGUCCAUAGUGUAAGUGACUUAUACUUUAUUAUCGAUAAAGUAUUAAAUGAUAAUGAAAAUUUACAUUGGCCAUCGGUUUCGUGCUUAGCAAGUUGGUUCUUAGUAUUUGUUACACAACUUCUUAUAUUACAUAUUUCUUGUGGUUACGUUUCGUCUGAGGCGAAUUGUAUGGGAGAAAUUUUGAUCGAUUGGCAGGCCUAUUUAAUGGAACAAAAUUCUUUAAAGAUACCCAUAGAAACGUCUCUACACUUCAUCAAUCGAAAAUUAUACUUCACAGCUGCCGGAUGUUUUUGCAUCGAGCUACGAUUAAUAUGUUCGAUAGCAGCGACCUUGACAACGUACUUGGUUAUUCUCUUGCAAUUACGAUGAAUUAUUGAUUUUCAAGUUAAUUCUAUUUUUUUUUUUUUUUUUUUUUUUUU